AUGGAUUCAUCAUCCGACGAUGAAUCCGCCGCUCGCAGAAGGCCAUAUUCUUCCAUCAAGUCUUCAUAUCCCAGGCCUUCUUUUUCCCGGCCGCCGGUUAUUUCUUGUUCCAGCUUCGGUUUUUAUUCUUCCGGCAGAAAAAGAAAUCGGAAGCCAUCUUCAAUGGGGAAGGAUGUGACGUGCAAUCUUCACAAUUUGCCCAGUUUUUGUGAACCCGAUUCCGGGAACAAUUUCGCCAGCCAAUUUCCGAGGAACAGUGAAGAAGAUCUUAUGUAUCAACAGAGAAGAAUUAAGCUGAUGGCAGAGCCUCAGUCUUAUGCCAAGGAAUCGCAAUCCCAGACGGCUGAAUCCGAUAUCAAGGAAGACAAUGGAAGAAAGAAUUCACCGGAAACAAAACCCAAUAAUGAUUCUUCUUACUCGCCUUUGGAAAGAAUGCAGGAUAGGAAAGUUCUGCUUAAAGCCAUGGAGGAUCUUAAUCAGCCCAGAAUGGAAGCUGAUUUGCCCAAGGGAAUAUUGUCUGUGACCCUUCUCCGGCACCAGAAAAUAGCCUUGGCUUGGAUGAUGGAGAAGGAAAAAGUAAAGGGUGUUUGUGAUGGUGGAUUUCUUGCUGAUGAUCAGGGUCUCGGAAAAACAAUCUCCAUGAUUGCUCUUAUUCAAAUGCAAAGGCCAUUGCAAGAAAAGCACAAGUCGGUGAAUAAUAAGGUACCAAUUACUACUGUUAGAGUGAAAACCGAACCAUUGAAUUUUGAAGAACAGGAUUAUAUGUGCAGAUAA